UUUUUUCCACAGGAUUUUUUAGACUUUUAGCGGUUAUUCAAACAUUUAUCGUUUAGUUUUCCAUGCUUUUCGAAGAUAGGCAGAAAAAUCGAUCAACGGGUCCAACACUCAUCGGAUUCAAUCAAACUCAAAAUGAACAUGAGAAUACAGUAUGCCCAACACAUCCGGAGUCUUCGGAUCGAAUUUUGAAGAUUAAAGAGGCAUUAACAAAGACGAAAAUACUCGAAAAAUGCACUGUACUAACAAAUUUUCUGGAGAUCGACGAUGCUGACUUGGAAGUAACCCACGAUAAAAGCAUGGUUAAAGAUUUAAUGGAAUCUGAAAAGAAAACACAAGAAGAUAUUAAUUCACAGUGCGAAAAAUAUGAUUCCGUGUUUAUGACAGAGUUUCAGAACUCGAUGAAAGUUGCCAAAGAUGGUGUCGCGUGUGUUCGAGAUUUGACGAAUAGAAUCAUGGCUAAUGAAGCUUCGAAUGGUUUUGCAGUCGUCAGGCCACCCGGACAUCAUGCAGAUUCUGUAUCGCCUUGUGGUUUCUGCUUAUUCAAUAAUGUCGCCCAAGCCGCCGAAGAAGCAUUUUUCAGUGGAGCCGAACGGAUUUUGAUUGUCGAUUUGGAUGUACACCACGGACACGGAACUCAGCGGAUUUUUUAUGAUGAUAAAAGAGUACUAUAUUUCUCAAUUCAUCGCCACGAACAUGGUCUCUUUUGGCCUCAUCUUCCCGAAUCAGAUUUUGAUCAUAUUGGAUCAGGAAAGGGAUUGGGAUACAACGCAAAUCUGGCUUUAAAUGAAACUGGAUGCACUGAUUCUGAUUAUCUAUCGAUUAUUUUCCAUGUUCUACUUCCUCUUGCAACUCAGUUUGAUCCACAUUUUGUGAUAAUCUCUGCUGGAUUCGACGCACUUCUCGGUGAUCCUUUAGGUGGAAUGUGUCUUACACCUGAUGGUUAUUCACAUAUUUUAUAUCAUCUGAAAUCACUUGCACAGGGAAGAAUGUUGGUCGUAUUGGAAGGAGGUUACAAUCAUCAAAUCUCUGCAGUCGCUGUUCAAAGAUGUGUGAGAGUACUGCUCGGAUAUGCUCCAUUUUCAAUUGAAUUGAAUGAAGCACCGAAAGAAAGUACGGUUGAUUCAUGUGUUAGCCUUGUUUCCGUUCUUCGACAUCAUUGGAACUGCUUCGACUAUUUUCCGUCUCGGACUUCACUAAGAUUGGCUCAGUGGCCGAUUGUGAACACAAAAGUAAUCUACAACUACGAUCCAACAACUCGUCGUGCCGACACUGGUGAGAUUAUUCAAGAUGAACUUGCAUCCACUGAGUUCACAGCUUCCGAUGUGAUACCCACUGAAAAUAUGGAAACAUUGAUUUAUUUCAACGAAGGAGACGAUGCUCAUUUCGAUUUAGAAGAGGACAAUCAUCCCGAGAAGCCGGCACGGACACGUCGAAUUCUGAAGACACUGCGAGAAUCUGGAGUACUGGAGAAGUGUGUGGAUAGGAAUUGUGAAAGGAUUGCGACGAAUGAGGAGAUUCGAUUAGUUCACACGAAGAAGAUGCUGGAACAUUUGAGGACGACUGAAACUAUGAAGGAUGAGGAAUUGAUGGAAGAGGCUGAAAAAGAAUUCAAUAGUAUUUAUUUAACAAGAGAUACUCUGAAAGUUGCACGAAAAGCUGUCGGCGCAGUGUUACAGUCUGUCGAUGAAAUCUUCGAAAAAGACGCUGGUCAACGGAAUGCUCUUGUGAUAGUCCGCCCACCCGGGCACCAUGCGUCUGCUUCGAAAUCUAGUGGAUUCUGUAUUUUCAACAAUGUGGCGGUUGCGGCAAAGUACGCUCAACGUCGGCACAAAGCGAAACGUGUUCUGAUUCUCGACUGGGAUGUUCAUCACGGUAACGGAACUCAGGAGAUCUUCUAUGAGGAUAGUAAUGUGAUGUAUAUGUCAAUUCAUCGUCACGAUAAAGGAAAUUUUUAUCCAAUUGGUGAACCAAAAGAUUAUUCUGAUGUUGGAGAAGGUGCUGGAGAGGGAAUGUCGGUGAAUGUUCCAUUUAGUGGAGUUCAAAUGGGAGAUAAUGAAUAUCAAAUGGCAUUUCAACGAGUUAUUAUGCCAAUUGCAUACCAAUUUAAUCCGGAUCUUGUUCUCAUUUCUGCUGGAUUCGAUGCAGCUGUUGAUGAUCCAUUGGGAGAGUAUAAGGUGACUCCAGAAACAUUUGCCCUAAUGACUUAUCAACUAUCAUCACUUGCCGGUGGACGUAUUAUAACUGUCCUAGAAGGUGGAUAUAAUCUUACUUCCAUUUCAAAUAGUGCUCAAGCUGUCUGCGAAGUUCUACAAAAUCGUUCAAUGCUCCGACGGUUACGAGAGGAAAAAGAGCAAUUUGCGACGAAACCUCAAAAAAUCGAGUCAUCAUGCAUCAAAACGAUUCGAGAAGUUUGUGCAGUUCAACAGAAAUAUUGGAGUAUUCUGAAAGGUUUUCAGGUAACUCCUUCUAAUUACGGACUCGAUAUCGACGACGAAGCCUACGACGACGAUUCAAUAGACAUGGCUGAUCAAUCGUCUUCAUCUGGAUCUUCAUCAUCAUCAACUCGACCAUCUCAUAAUCUUGAAAUUAUGGAUUCGGGACCAGCACACGCCGUUGUUCCACUUGCCACGUGUCCACAUUUGAAAGAAGUUAAGCCACUGCCGCCAGCCAAAAUCAAUGCUCGGACAGCUUGCUCCGAGUGCCAAAUUGGGGCAGAAGUGUGGACUUGUCUCACUUGUUAUAAGUAUAACUGUGGUCGUUUUGUCAACGAACACGCAAUGAUGCACCAUCUCUCAUCAUCUCAUCCAAUGGCUCUUUCAAUGGCUGAUCUCUCUGUUUGGUGCUAUCCAUGUGAUUCUUACGUUCAUAAUCCAGCACUUAUCGGUGCAAAAUCAGCAGCUCACGAGAGCAAAUUCGGUGAAACAAUGCCUUCCUAAACAACGUGUCAAUUAUUGUUGUUUAUUUUCGUCUUUGUCAAAUAAAUACUUUUUGCAUAAAUACACUUA